GUGAAAUUUGUUUUUAAACAAGCGCGCGGAGUUUCGCUUGUUCGGAAUAGUUAUAAUGAUUGAGAUUGGUGACAGCUCGUCGAUUUUUCGUAUAAUUUAACGAAGUUAUAACAAUAACAGCUGGAAAAAUUACCGGAAAGGAGUCAUUAUCGUUUAUAUUUUAACCAAAAAUAAUCUUAACGAUGUUCGAAGUGAGUGUAAGAUGGGAUGUUAGGGUUAAAAGCCGACUUUAAUCAAAUCUGAUAAAGUAACAUGGCGGACUGUGCCGAAAAUUUAGCUACUGCUACGAGCGACAACGAAGAAAAAUCGUUAAAGGAUGAACAUACUUCUCCAAAUGUGGAAAAAGAUGCAUGUUUACCUCCUCCACCAGAGACUUGUACAAAUAUACAGAAUAGAACUGUAGAACCAGCUGGAAGUGCAGAGUUAUAUCCUCAUGUAUCUGUUAUCACACCAUUAAAUGAAGAUGAUAGAAACUGUGAGGAAAUAACUUCCGAUAAUAAGGACUACUGCAAUGAGUCUUACGAGAAUUGUGAUGACAUCGAUUCAAGAGAUCCUGCUGAGAUGUGUGAAAGUACUUUAGAAGAAAUUUCGGGAAAUGAACCGUGGAUCAUAGUUGAUUCAGUCGAAGAUGAUUCGGAGUCAUUUGAGAACAGUUCGGAAUGUAGAGAUCAAAGCGUGCACAAUGAAUCUUUUCAGGCCAGUAAAAGUGACAAAGAAGAAAAUGAAAAUUUAUCUUGCCCCCGUGAAUCCAGUCCAUGUUUAAUUACUAUAAGUGAAGUUAGACAAAAUGAACCUUGGUUGAGUGAUGAUAGUGGAAGUAAUAUUGGAAAAAAUGGUUUACCAAAGGAGGAAUUUAUUCUCUCGGAAACCACUUGUAAGACAAUUCAGGAGGAAGAAGAACCAGAAGAACCAGUUUGCAGUUCUGAAGCCACAGCAGAAUUCAAAACUGAUUCAGCAGAAGGUUGCUUAGUAAAUCCUGUUAAUUGUGUUAAUGAAAAUGAAAAUAAAAAUAUAGUGCAAUCAAGCCCAGUAACUGAGACAGAAAUAAAUAAUGAAAACGUGCUUAGCGAAGACGGCAACGAAAAUAAUCAAACAGAGACACUUACCGAUGAAAAAUGUAACCAAGACGAUUUAAAACAAAGUCACGAAGAGCCAAUGGACAUAAGUGAAAUAAAAGAGACUUGCAAAGAGUCAGUGGAAAUGAGUGAUGCAAAACAAAUUCUUGAAGAAUUAGAAAUUAGCAACGUAAAACAGAGUGGUGACGAAUCGGUAGAAGCAGAAAGUAUAGAACGAAAUUGUGAAGAGUCGGUUGAAGAAAGUGAUGCAAAACAAAAUUGUAAAGAGUCAGUAGAUAUUAGUAGUGAAAAACAGAGUUGUGAAGAGUUAAUGGAAGUAAGUAGUGUAGAACAAAAUUUUAAUGAAGAACCAAUGGAAGUAGAAAAUACAAGGCCAGAAAAUGACAGCGACAGUGUAGAAACCAAAGAAAAUAAAUCUGAAAAUGCAGAAUGUGGACAAAAAGUGGAUAAAGAAGUCGUGUCAGAAUGUGAAGAGGAGAAAAUAAAUUCGAUAGAAUCUUCAAACGAAGACUGUACUUUAGAAAAAAGCAAAGACAGCAGUUCUGAUAAAAAGAUCUCGGAAACUGCAGAGAAUAAAAAUCACUCAAAAGAAAAAGUAAGCCAAGAAAUAAAUUUUGAAGAGAAAGAUUCGUCUGCAAUAAAUGAAGAAGAGAAAAAAAAGGAAAGUGAAGCUGAAAUAAAAGGUUAUAUAACAGAUACCAUGAAUGAACUACUUGGAUUGUUUGGUUAUGAUAAUGUAGACGAAAGCAUGAAGGAUAACUUAAAACUUGAAAAGAUCAGUUCUUCCAUAUCAGGAAAAAAAACACCAGAACUUUCUGACCAAGCAUCUUCCAAAUCGGUUGAACCUGUCAAGAAAGAUUCUUCAAGUCGUGUUUGUACCGAAUGCCAUGCGCUGUCACAAUCAAAAUUAUCUUACAUUUAUUGGAACAUCAAAGAGAAGAGUGCUUCCUGA